CUAUUAGGAUCAGACAGACAGGCUUAAAGCUGUCAGUACAACUGCUUCUCAUCUUUUUUCACAAUCCUGACAUCUUUUCUCUUUUCUGCUGGACACAAGCAUUACUGUUUUUAUCAUUUUCAAUCAAGCUCACGCUGCAAGCUGAGGAAUAUAUUCCCACAGAAACCAAAGUGAGGAGCAGAAAUUAUUUUAUAGCUACUGUAGUAGCAGCGGUGCUGGCUGCAUGUUGUGUGGGAAAAACCGGAUCAGUGAGAAAUGUGGCUUUCCUCAGGGCUACAUCACUGAGAUAUUACUUCAACGUCUGAGGAGAGCAAAUCUACUCCUUGCUCUAAUUUUUCAGUGAUUAAUCACUCCUUCUUGAGCAAACAGAAAGUGGGAGAGAAGAUGUAAGAUUUUUUUUUUUUUAAAUUUUCUUUUUAUAUAUUUUUUUAAAAUAACUUGUGGAAAUGUUAUCAUCAGUGAAAAGGGGGAAAAUCACUAUGCUUGAACUUCUUUUCAUUUUGAUGUUGCUCUUCUCUGGACCAACCCUGAGCAAGCUUAGCAGGACCAAAGGCAAACACUGGAAGGGGGGAUCCCGUCUCCGCCAGGAGGACUUUCCGCCCCGGAUCGUCGAGCACCCUUCAGACGUGAUAGUGUCUAAAGGAGAACCAACAACUCUGAACUGUAAAGCUGAGGGACGGCCGACCCCCACCAUCGAGUGGUACAAGGAUGGGGAGCGGGUGGAGACGGACAAGGACGACCCUCGCUCCCACCGCAUGCUGCUGCCCAGCGGCUCUUUGUUCUUCCUGCGCAUCGUGCACGGGCGCAGGAGUAAACCCGACGAAGGAAGUUACGUCUGCGUAGCGAGGAACUACCUGGGAGAAGCCGUGAGUCGCAACGCGUCUCUGGAAGUGGCAUUGCUACGGGAUGACUUCCGCCAGAACCCUACAGAUGUCGUGGUGGCAGCUGGAGAGCCUGCCAUCCUGGAGUGCCAGCCGCCUCGAGGACACCCUGAGCCCACCAUCUACUGGAAGAAGGAUAAAGUCCGCAUUGAUGACAGGGAGGAGCGGAUCAGUAUCCGUGGCGGGAAGCUGAUGAUCUCCAACACCAGGAAGAGCGACGCGGGCAUGUACACCUGUGUGGGGACCAACAUGGUGGGGGAGCGGGACAGCGACCCCGCAGAGCUCACUGUCUUCGAGCGGCCCACGUUUCUCAGGCGACCGAUAAACCAAGUGGUGCUGGAGGAGGAGGCCGUGGAUUUCCGGUGCCAGGUGCAGGGGGAUCCCACACCCACAGUCCGGUGGAAGAAAGAUGAUGCAGAUUUACCGAGAGGAAGGUAUGACAUCAAAGACGACUACACUCUGCGCAUCAAGAAAGCCAUGAGCACGGACGAGGGAACCUACACUUGCAUUGCUGAGAACAGAGUUGGAAAAGUGGAAGCCUCUGCUACCCUGACUGUGCGAGCUCGCCCCGUUGCUCCUCCACAGUUUGUGGUGAGACCACGAGACCAGAUUGUAGCCCAAGGUCGAACAGUGACUUUUCCUUGUGAAACUAAAGGAAAUCCCCAGCCAGCUGUUUUCUGGCAAAAAGAGGGAAGUCAGAACCUACUCUUCCCAAACCAGCCUCUCCAGCCCAACAGCAGGUACUCGGUGUCACCGACCGGAGACCUCACCAUUACCAACAUCCAGCGCUCGGAUGCAGGAUACUACAUUUGUCAAGCACUGACGGUUGCUGGAAGCAUUUUAGCAAAGGCUCAGCUGGAGGUUACUGAUGUCUUGACAGAUAGGCCUCCACCCAUCAUCCUCCAGGGACCCAUCAACCAGACACUGGCAGUGGAUGGCACAGCUCUGCUGAAGUGCAAGGCCACCGGCGACCCCCUCCCUGUCAUCAGCUGGUUGAAAGAAGGAUUCACCUUCCUGGGCCGAGACCCUCGGACGUCCAUACAGGACCAGGGGACGCUUCAGAUCAAAGCGCUGCGGCUGUCAGAUACUGGGACUUACACUUGCGUGGCUACAAGUUCCAGUGGGGAGACCUCUUGGAGUGCUGUGCUGGAGGUGACAGAAUCCGGUGGAGCAACAGUCAGUAAAAAUUAUGAUAUAAAUGACCUCCCUGGGCCACCAUCCAAACCUCAGGUCACUGAUGUUACUAAGAACAGUGUCACCCUGUCCUGGCAGCCAGGGACCCCUGGAAGCCUACCAGCCAGUGCAUAUAUCAUUGAGGCUUUUAGUCAGUCUGUGAGCAACAGUUGGCAGACAGUGGCAAACCACGUGAAGAGCACCCUCUACACUGUGAGGGGCCUGCGCCCCAACACGAUCUACCUGUUCAUGGUGAGAGCCAUCAAUUCCCAGGGCCUGAGCGAUCCCAGCCCCAUGUCAGACCCUGUCAGAACACAAGAUAUCAGCCCACCAGCACAAGGUGUGGAUCACAGGCAAGUCCAGAAAGAACUGGGAGACGUCAUUGUACGGCUGCACAAUCCUGUUGUGCUGACACCCACGACAGUUCAAGUCACCUGGACGGUUGACCGCCAGUCCCAGUUUAUUCAGGGCUACAGGGUGAUGUACCGCCAAACGUCUGGCCUGCCUUCUCCAGCUGUGUGGCAGAAUUUGGAGGUCAAAGUCCCCACUGAGCGCAGUGCUGUCCUCGUCAGCUUGAAGAAGGGGGUCACUUAUGAAAUAAAGGUUCGCCCUUAUUUCAAUGAAUUCCAAGGAAUGGACAGUGAAUCCAAAUCUGCUCGUACCACAGAGGAAGCUCCAAGUGCCCCUCCUCAGUCUGUUACUGUCCUGACAGUUGGAAACCACAACAGCACGAGCAUCAGCAUCUCCUGGGAUCCUCCCCCUCCAGAUCACCAAAAUGGAGUCAUCCAGGAGUAUAAGAUCUGGUGCCUAGGUAAUGAGACUCGAUUUCAUAUCAACAAAACAGUAGAUGCAGCCAUUCGGUCUGUAGUAAUAGGUGGCCUAUAUCCAGGUAUUCAGUACCGCGUGGAAGUCGCUGCAAGCACCAGUGCAGGUGUGGGAGUAAAAAGUGAGCCACAGCCCAUAAUAAUUGGAGGCCGUAAUGAAGUUGUCAUCACCGAAAAUAACAACAGCAUAACUGAGCAAAUCACUGAUGUUGUCAAACAGCCUGCCUUUAUAGCUGGCAUCGGUGGGGCAUGUUGGGUGAUUCUGAUGGGUUUCAGCAUCUGGCUCUACUGGCGAAGAAAGAAGAGGAAGGGGCUCAGCAAUUAUGCUGUUCAGUCCUUCACCUUCACCCCUGCAGUCACUUUCCAAAGAGGAGAUGGAGGACUAAUGAGCAAUGGAAGUCGACCAGGUCUCUUGAAUGCAAGUGACCCCAGUUAUCCUUGGCUUGCAGACUCCUGGCCUGCCACAAGUCUGCCAGUAAACAACAGCACUAGUGGACCCAAUGAUCUUGGCAAUUUUGGUCGUGGAGAUGUGCUGCCACCAGUGCCAGGGCAAGGAGAUAAAACUGCUACUAUGCUUUCUGAUGGAGCCAUUUACAGCAGCAUCGACUUCACCACGAAAACCAGUUACAACAGUUCCAGCCAAAUAACGCAAGCUACGCCAUAUGCCACCACCCAGAUACUGCAUUCCAACAGCAUCCAUGAGCUGGCUGUCGAUUUACCUGAUCCUCAGUGGAAAAGCUCAAUUCAGCAAAAAAAUGACCUGAUGGGAUUUGGUUACUCUCUCCCAGACCAAGGCAAAGGCAACAAUGCCUUGCUUUACAUCCCUGACUACCGGGUGGCUGAGGGACUGGCUAAUAGAUUGCCACACAACCAGUCACAGGAUUUCAGCACCACCAGCUCCCACAACAGCUCCGAAAGGAGUGGCAGCCUCUCAGGUGGCAAAGGAGGGAAAAAGAAGAAAAACAAAAAUACUGCCAAGCCCCAGAAAAGUAAUGGUUCAAACUGGGCCAGUGUUCCCCUCCCACCCCCUCCUGUGCAGCCACUUCCAGGCACAGAGCUGGAACACUAUGGGGUGGAUCAGCAAGAAGCAGGAUACGACAGUGAUGGUUGGUGUCCGCCUUUGCCAGUUCAGACCUACCUACAUCAGGGCAUGGAGGAUGAGCUUGAAGAAGAUGAUGAUCGUGUUCCCACACCUCCUGUCCGAGGAGUAGCUUCAUCACCUGCCAUCUCCUUUGGGCAACAGUCGACUGCAACCCUCACGCCUUCCCCACGAGAGGAGAUGCAGCCAAUGCUUCAAGCUCACCUUGAUGAAUUAACAAGGGCUUACCAGUUUGAUAUAGCAAAGCAGACAUGGCACAUCCAAAGCAAUACACAACCUCCUCAGGCUCCCGUUCCGCCCCUAGGAUACGUAUCUGGAAACCUUAUUUCAGAUUUGGAAACAGAUGUUCCAGAUGAGGAUGAUGAUGAAGAUGAUAUUGAAGAAGAAACUGUAGAAAUCAGUAGGCCACUAAGAGGUCUAGAACACACUCCAGGCUCCAGUAUGGACAAUCUAGACAGCUCUGUGACAGGCAAAGCAUAUUCUUCCUCUCAGAGACCUCGGCCGAGCAGUCCUUUUUCUACUGACAGCAACACCAGUGCAGCUGUCAAUCAGGGUCAGAGGCCGAGGCCCACUAAAAAACACAAGGGAGGACGGUUGGACCAGCCCCCUUUGCCUCAUCGUAGGGAGGGAAUCACAGAUGAUCUUCCACCACCACCCGACCCGCCCCCUGGUCAGGGUUUAAGGCAGCCCAUAGUCCCCGGCCAGCGCGGAGGCUCGGCAGAGAGGAAAGGAAGCUCUCUUGAGAGGCAGCAUGCACCGAACGUAGAUGAGACAAAGAGCUCCCUGGACCGGCAAGCUAGGACAUCUCUAGAGUGGCAGCGGCAAACCCAGGAGUGGAUAAGCUCUACAGACCGCCAAGAGGAUUUCAGGAAAGCCCAACACAAACAAGCCUUCGGAUCAGAAGAGGCACUCGUACCAUAUAGUAAACCCAACUUCCCAUCCCCUGGUGGCCACAGCUCUUCAGGAACAUCUUCUUCUAAAGGAUCGACUGGACCUAGAAAAGGUGAAGUCUUGCGAGGAGGUCACCAACGCAAUGCCAGUGACCUUCUCGAUAUAGGCUAUGUGGGAUCAAACAGUCAAGGACAGUUUACUGGUGAAUUAUAGUAGUUGAGAAGACACAUUGCAAGCUGCUCUGAUGGACCAUCAGGUCUGAACUCAUGGAAGUGAUGACACUAAACAGUGCAAUGAACAUUUUCUUUAUUUAUGUACUAUUAAAAGAACUGUAAAUGCAAUGUAAAGACACACAGCCACACAUAUCCCACAGAUUCUUUACUUGUGUUCUUCUCUUUAAUACACCAUCCACCUUAAACUAUUCCUUGUCAGGAGUAUAUAAAAAAGAAAGAAAAAAAAAUCACCCUCCAGGAUGAAAAGGAUUUCCUUCUGUAUAUAAUUUCUUUUGUUGCAUUGCUAUGCAAGCUCACCUUCUUUUUAGCUAUGUUCAUAUUCAUGUCUGUUUUUACUGGUCUGUUGUACUAUAUGUGAAUUAAUAGGCUGUGGUGCCAUAUAUUAACUUUUAAUUGUGUAACUUUUAUGUUUAAAGUUUGCACUGCAAUUUUAUUUGGUGAUAAGCACAAAACUCUACUCCUCAUGACAUGAAGAAAAAAAAGAGACUGAAUGUGUGGAGAAGGUUUACGUCCUGUAAGCUACUUUGGAUAACGCUGGAUGUAAAGGUGUAUGUUAGGUGGUUUUCCAUUGGGGUGUAGAAAUGAGAAAGUGACAGGCAAAACUAAUGUCAGUGAAGACAUUAGAGACAGAUUUAAAUCUUUUAAAAGCAAGCAACAUAGUUGCUCUUCCUAUUUAAGAAAGGGUCAAAAGUUGGAAGUGUGAGGUUAAAGGGCGAAUAUGAAAAUUAAAGGUAGCAUGAGAUGGCCUAGACCCUUUCACUAGAAUGAUGCCCUUAGUAUCUGUUUUUAGCCAUCCCAUGCCACUAAGUAAAGGGGAAGAAAAACAAACCUUGCUACAAACAAAAGAACUUAAGGUGUUUCACUAAAGCUGUUUUUAUAUUGCAGUUUUAAAGGAAUUAUUACCGUUAAUUUCUCCAGCCCAAAAUGUAAGACAGAGAUUUUCCAGGAGAAAAAAAACAAUAUAAACGCAAGGAAUACCCACCAAGAAGUUAAGAAUGCAAUUUAUUGUUAAGACAUAUUCAGGCUGCUUCCAAAAAAUUGAAAUGUCAGAGUAUCUUAUUUCAUCUUUCCAAUACAUGUACAGUAGAAUAGAAGAUAGAGCUGCACCACUGAAAUUCAUGACAUUAGUUGUUUUGAUGCAGUCUACACAACCCUUUCUGUUCUGUUACUUGAAGUCUGCAAGAGUUGAAGUUGGAUCCACUAAAUUUGUAGUAAAGUGUUUAGUGUUUGGAAGGAAAGCAACAGUCAAACUAUUUUCGACUUCCACUAAAUAUAUUUCUGGCAAUACACUACAUCCAAAAGCUGGAUACAAGCAAAGAAAAUCUUUGACCUGUGUUUUAGUGAGUGGCUUCAAACCCUACUAUGAUGAGGAAAUAACACAUGUUUAUACACUUUUUGAAUAAACCAGACUCUGUAAGUGGACAUUAAUGACAGCAUCCUGUCUCUUCAUUAAUUUUCAUGACUUUGUCCAAAUCUUCUGUACUUCUCAAAUCUCAAUGAGUAAAUUGUCAAGCUUUUCUUAGAAUAUUAUAUGUGGAUAGCCCACCCAUUGCUUUGAUGCUUAAUUUAAAUAUUAAAUCUUACAGCUUAUUUCUGUUAGUUAUCUGAUCAUGAACAUAAGUUUCCAUUGAAUACCUUUUUCAUAUAACCAGUCUAUGUUGUUUUAUAUAUUGCCUUGGAGCUCACCAGUAUUAAGAACACUUUUAGUAAUGGCAGAAUUUUAGAAAAGUAAAUUACAAUGCUGAAUAUGUGUUGCUUUUCAUUUCAUUAACUUGUUCCAUGAUAAGAUAAAACACUACAACCAUCAACUAUAACUCAGCACUACUGAGUAUUUAAAAAAAGUUAGUUAACUGCCCUAAGUCAAGAUGUGUUAUUUAGCAGGUUACAAACAAAAAAACUUGAGAAAAAAAAUGUAUGAAUUUAUUUAUAUAUGUGACCAAUGAGUAUAUGUCGUUUUCCUGCGUGUUAAAACACUACAGUUAAAAACAUUGCUUAAAAAUGUUCAAGUAAGAUAAAGAAUGCAUCAUAAUUACAUAUAUUUGGUUUUAUUUUGAUAUUAUCAUAUAAAGAGAUGACUAUUCAGAGUACAAUUCAAAUUUAAUUCUCUGGAAAAUGUUUAAUUCAGUCACGGAUUGAUUUUUUUCCUUUUAGUUCAAAAGCUUGUGCUGAGCUUUGGUGGAACACCUUACUAACUAUAUUCUAUUCAAAAUUCAGUAUCAUUAGAGGUUGAUAAAGCCAUCCCAAUUACUUUCUAAUAUGUGUUUUAUCUCUUCCACUGGAAAGUAAAUGUGUGUCAGUAUUAAAGCUGUGCGGUACCAUGAUAUUCACUAACUUGUCCAUCUGCUUCUGUACAUUUUUGUUCAUUAAUAAUUUGCUUACAAUAUUACAUAAGGUGUUGUUGUGUAUGGCAAAGUGUCUCCAUUAUCUUACAGGUGAUGUCUCUUCUUUUUUUUUCUCUCUCUCUUUUCUAUACAGUGUACUUCCAAUGAACCACAGUACAUAUUUUUUAAAAUGCCAUUUAAUUUACUAUUUUAAAAGAAGUAUUCUUCUUUUUUUAAAAAAAAUGAAAACAUUUAUUGUGAAUAAUGUGUUUAAAGAAAAGGGUUGUUGUGGCAGCACUUAGAAUUGUUUUUUAAUUUGUUUUUUAAAAAAAAACCUGUUUAUUGGCUACCGUUUGUUCACGAAAAAGUAUGACCUCUUAAUGUGUUUCAUUGGUAUUGUUAGUGCAGCAAAGUUUAAUUGGCAUAAGAAGUUGGUUAUUAGUACUGUUGAAGUGUGUAUUGUAUAUUUACUGGGGAAAAAAUAAAACAUAUUCACAUUUCAAAUCUAUGUUAAAAGACCUUGAGUAAGGAGUCAAUAUGUGAAAAGCCAAACUGGGAAAAUCAGGCAAUAAUAACAUAGACUGAGCUAUAAUCAUCACUGUCCACUUACAGGUGACGAGGAACGUUUUAUGUGCUGGUUUUUGAACUAAGCUAAGAGUGUUAUAAAUAGGCCAGUGGUAAACAUUGCCUGUCAUAGGGGUUUCUGUUUAAUGUCCUGUCUAUACUGGGAAUAGCUGGACCAGGGUGAUUACACUGCUCCAGCUAUUCUAGCAAACAUCCUCCGUUUGUACAUGUGUGCGCUCUCGAUGUCCAACAAGGACCCAAGUGCUCAGCUUACUUUGCUUAAGGCCCAUAAAGCAGUGGAUGUGUAAAACCUGCAUUCCCUGGGCCUGAACCCUUGGAAUUGAGGUUUUGUACUGGUAGAGCUUCUGCCAACCCAGUACAGAACAUUCCCAAAUGGCAAAGAGAUGCCAGGUCAAUUUUUUCUCAGUCUUUGCUGAAGGACCAAAUAAUAAAUGGUUACAUGUGCUUCAGUGGUGUAUUGCUGUAUAGGCAGCCAUUUCAGUGAUGCAAAGAACAUACAUUUCUUGGUUUUGUUAUUUUUUUUUUUAUUUCUCAAGUCCUUUUCAAGUCAGUAAACCUUUUGAAUACCUUUUGGUUGUCACCUGAAAUGCAACAGAAACACCGUUCCUUGGGAAAAGUACAAAAAAAUAAGGUGCAUGGAAUGUUUUAAGUGUAUUAAUUUCACUAUACACCAGUGCAAAAGCAAGACAUGACUGUUUGAAAUAACUAUAUGCUGGUUUAUGCUUGCCUCAGUCCAUACCUUGCCAGCCAGGAGAAAAGGUGUGUACUAGGGCUGAGAAAGAGCCCUCACAACUGACAGAGGAAAGGUAAUCGGGCUGGGGGAGAUUUUGGCAGGAACUUUUUUUAAAAACAAAAAUACUGGCAGCUCCUUUGACUUAUCUUCAAUAUAUACAGUUUGGGUUUUUUUAUGAUUAGUGGCCUUGUGAAGAUUUAGCAGGGGAAGUAGGAAGAAAAAAAGCUGGCCUUCUUUUGUAAAGAUAUCGGGGAAACUUGUUUGCCGAGGGGAGGAUUUUUUAAUUUCAUUUUUGUUUUUUAACACAUGUUUUGUGUUCCCUCUCUCUGGAACACAUUAGCUAAAAAAAUAAAUUAUUUUUGAAAACCAUGUGGGCAACAAACAUUUUAUUUAGGAGGUACAUUCAAAUAGUAGGAAAAUGGUAAAAAAUACUACUAAAAUAGGGAACACAUACACUGGCUUAGAAUCAGCCGAGUCCACCACAGUUUCACAUGUAAUUUUGAAUGGUACAGUAAUAUGCAUAAACUCCAUUGUUUUUGGUUUCCAUACCAAAACAAAUUAUCCAAAGUCCAUAGAGACCUCGAUCCUUGGGACACUAAUUCUAGAACUUUGUUUGAAAUAUGUGGUUAAUCCAAGCUGGUGGGACUGGAGUGUGUUAAGGGUUGUACAAAGCCCCAGCCCUGGCCGCUUUGUGCCCUGAGACACCUCAGGAAGUCUCCAGCCACGUGGCUUUAGUCUCGGUGGGUUUUAGUAGAUCCCAGGCACCCCGUGUGUAGAGGCAGGUCACUUCCCUGAGGAUGGAGUUUUUCAGGGCAGGGAGGGUCUUUGAUAAGUUAGGCACUGUGGUGGUUUGCACAGGGACCAUUUCGUCAGGCACGUUUCACAUUUUGGGACAUCCUGCCCAGUCCUGCCACGGUCUCAGUGCUGAGCAGUGGAACACAGCAGAGCAGUGCUACCAAACUCUGCUGUAUGUAGCAUGUUCCCUGCUUCUCUUUAGGACUGACCUUUGCCUGACAAUGCUCCUCACCCAAAAUAACAGAUACGACUCGGAGAUUUGUCGUGGGACCCAGAGGAGAAGUAGGGCCAUGCCUGUGUGCUGUGAAGGUGGACUAGUAAUUUGGGGAGAGCCAGCUCUGAGUUCUACUGUUGGUGUGAGGACUAGAUUCCUCUCUAGCCUGAGUUUGUCUAACUGUGUAGCUACAUCCAGGAGGACCACAGCAGCAAACAAGUUCCUAGAGCACAGCUCAGAGUUUGCAGCAUCUCUUCUGGCAUUCAGUCUGUCGUAGACAAUCCUGAGUUGGGUGCCAGCUUCUCGCCACAUCCUGAGGGCUCAAAUGGCUUACAGUGACAUUUAGGCAAGUGAGGUUGUUCCUUUCGCUGGGGCAGAAUGGGAAAAAAAAACCAAACAAACAAACAAACAAAAGCAAAACUAAACCUUUCACUUAAACAGAUCUUUUAAAACAAUCCUCAAAAAUCCUAGAAAAUAGAACGUUUCAGAUAUACUCUUGAUGAUUUUUUUUUUUCUUUUUCUUGGCAUUUUGUUUUUGCUACCAUUGAAAUGAUCUAUUUGGUUUUUUUUCAGACCUGCUACACUCUCCCUCCACCCCUUUACCCCCUGCAUUUUCCAGUACUUAUCUCUCAGGUGUAAAGAAGUUAUGGUAGAGAAUAAUUGCAUUUGUGUACUUUCGUUGUUCUAACUUUAAACAACAAGGUGCACAGUUGCAUUCAGCUCAAUUGAUCAAAGCCAGAUGGGGAUGAAAUGUUUGUGGUUGUUUUGUUGUUUUUUUUUAAAAAGGCCUGCUACUAUUUGUGCUGAUAUUUGUUCCCCAUUUAUGCUGAUCAGUGCAUCUUUUGCCUUCGAGGAUGCCAUUAGUAAUUCUCCUUUGUGUUCAUAAGCAGGAAUCCAUUGUGCAGCACUUGGAGAGCCACUGGGAUGCAGGUAAAGAAUAUAACAGCUUGAGCAAGUGCUAAUUAGAACCAAUUAAAGUUAAUUGACCUCCUUUGGCAGUAAAAUGCAUAAUAGAACUUGCUCUGUCCUUGCAAAAUGGAGAUCUCGCCUCUAAGCAUAAGAGUGAAGCAGGGUUUCAUGUAGCAGCCUGUAGUAAUUAUGUGGGUAUAACAACCAGGAAGCGGCUUGCUACAAUUUGUUCUAAUAACUGGUCUCUACUGUAUCAGGGCAGUGCAAUAAAAGUGAGAUUUCUGCUUCAGUCUAUUUAAAAACCUAAUUUUUACAGAGCAAAUGAGUGUCCCAAGAUACCGAUACUAAUCUCUAGGAAUGAGUUGGCAGAAAAAAUAAGAGUCCCUUUUAUAGGUAAGUAAUGGUGUGAGCAUAAAAAAGAAGGCAGUUUUUUUGCCUGCCAGCUGGAAAUGGCUCUGAUGCUCAGAGGUUGCGUCUAUCCUGAGUAGUGGGGGUAAGCUCUGGUGGGCCUGCAGUGGUGCCUUGCAAUGAGGUUGCCUCCUGCAGGCUUCUGUUCAAAAAGGGGCACUGGCAUCCAUCCAGCUGAGCUUUGUGCUGCUGUGGGACUGUACCACUACCAUGGGCACUGGUUUGGACACAGUCAGAGGUAUCCAAAUAAAAGAGAGAGAAAGAGCAGGGAAAAAGAAUGAAUGGUAGGAAAUGUAAAAUUAUGUGAAUUCAAAAGCAUCGGUGGCGGGUGCUAAACUGUACAUCGCUGUGAAAAGUUGAAAAGCCAUUCUUAUUAGCAAAAGAGAAUUGAUCCAGUUUCCAUGACCAUGCUUUGCUGACUUUUUCCUUGGCAGGAACUGAAUGCGACUGAUUUUGCUGCUAACUUGGCCUUACUAUGAACAGCAAUAAAGGUGUUAGUCAGGUGGGGACUUUGAUGUGACCAAUAACAUCACUCUCCCUUCAGGGAAUGUUCUGUGCUGGCUUGUUAAUGAAUUUCUUUCCUAAUGAGUAUCAUUAAAAACCCUUUGAUUA